CCCUCCCUCAGCAGACCGCCUCUCCCAUCACUCGCCUCACCCCCCCACUCGCUCCUUCCUCCUCUGCUGGAACGCACCGAAUCUUGUGUGUGCUUGGAUCCUACUCGCCGCCUCCAGCUGCAGAACGGAACCCGGCUCCGCUCCUCCUCCGAGACCAGACGCUUUGCUCUCGCCGGGUCAGGGAAACCAGAUCUGAUUUUGGACCAGUGGAAGCAAAGGAGCAGAACUGACUGGAAGUGCUGAUUCUUCUCCAGUUGGACAAGAUAACGGAACAUUGCAUCAUCGGACCCACGCAGAGGUCCUUGUUACUUCCUGUAGCCCGGUGGCCCUGACACACGCAUCAACAAGUCCAAGGCGCUGACCUAACCGCCGAUACCCUGCCUGUAACCCCGAAGGACGUCCCACUCCAGUGCUAAACUGUGAGGAGCAGAGAGACCACGAUCCAAUAACUCCACGUCACCGCAUGUGAUCUGACGUGCGAGUUUAUUGCCCCCGUGAGCUGACAAGCUUAUUUCAAGAUUGCCAGGUUCAUUGCAGCCGACGACACCCGAGCAAAGUAAUAUCCUGAGGAUCAUCUCACUCUCUAACGCAAGAUCGACUGUCAGUUCUUCCUGCUCAGGGAACCGUCAGGACGUGGCCUCGCCGGGGGCCAUGACUAGCUGCUGGCGGGACCGUCUCCAGAACCCUAAAAUGGGGACAGGCACCAUGCAGGAAGCGAGGCUCUAAUCAUUGUGACGCCAACUCAUCUUUUAUCUCUGCCGAGAUUUGGGAUACUGAACUGAGCGCCCUUUGAGAUACUCCACCGAAAUUCCUUUCCUCUUGAACUUUCUUGCUAUCCCAACAAUGGCGGACAAGCUCCUCUUCGUUGUCCUCCUCCUCCCGGCGUUGCUGUUCCUGCAGCUGCCCGGUUCUGCGAAAGGGGACUGCUGGCUCAUCGAGGGGGACAAAGGCUACGUUUGGCUGGCUAUCUGCAGUCAGAACCAGCCCCCCUACGAGACCAUCCCUCAACACAUCAACAGCACGGUUCACGACCUGCGCCUGAAUGAGAACAAACUGAAGGCCGUGCUCCUCACCUCCAUGUAUCGCUUCACAAAUCUCACCGACCUCAACCUCACCAAGAACGAAAUCAGCUACAUCGAGGAUGGAGCCUUCGCUGGGCAGGCCAACCUUCAGGUUCUGCAGCUGGGCUACAACAAGUUGACCAACCUGACCGAGGGCAUGUUACGAGGACUGGGUCGAAUGCAGUGCCUCUUCCUUCAGCACAACCUCAUCGAGGUCAUUGCCACCAAUGCCUUCUGGGAGUGCCCCAGCCUCAGCAGCCUGGACCUGUCGUCCAAUAAGCUGGCCCGCCUGGACCCGUCUACCUUCACCGCCCUCAACCGUCUGAUGGUAUGCGAGCUGGCCGGAAACCCCUUCCACUGCGGCUGCGACCUAUACAGCUUCCUCACCUGGUUGGAGGCGUUCAACAACGUCACUCACACUUAUGACCGCCUUCAGUGCGAGACCCCUCGAGAAUUUACAGGCUAUCCCCUUCUGAGCCCCUUGCCGGGACACGGGAGGAACGCCAGAGUCAUCCUUUCAACCAGGUGCCAAGAUGGCGUCAUCAUUCCUGGCAUGUCAUCCAUCGGACCGGAACUGGAUGGCUCUGGAAUGGGUCUAGACAACCCGGACCCCGGCUUGUACCACCAGCCGAACUUUGCAUCCACCCCCGAUCCCACCUACAACCACCAGAUCUCCAUGAAACUUAAGACCGUCUCUUUCUUCAGCGCUUCUGUCAUGGUGCAGAUACCAAGACCCUACAGCAAGAUGUACGUCCUGUCACAGUACAACAACACCUUCGUAGCGGACAUCAUGCCCCUUAAGACCAAGAAGGAGAACAUCAAUUUGGAUAAACUGCGACCACACACCAACUACACCUACUGUGUGGCGUCCGUCAGCAAAUCCCAGCGCUACAACCACACCUGCUUGUCCUUUACCACACGGGCGAUGGGGCUGGUGGACCCCCGAAGCAAUCCGUCCACCACGACGCACUACAUCAUGACUAUCCUGGGGUGUCUCUUUGGAAUGGUCAUCGUGCUCGGGUGCGUCUACUACUGCUUGAGACGACGACGCAUCCAGGAAGAGAAGGAGAAAGCGCUGAGUGUCAAGAAAACCAUCUUGGAGAUGAGGUACGGCCCAGAGGCGGCGGCAGCAGUGGCCAACGACCCAGCCGCCAUGCAGCGCCUCCAAGAGCAAUCCCACCACCAGCACCACCACGGAGGGGGCACGGGGAGUAAACUACCUCCGUCUGCCUCCUCGAGUACGGGUAUGCUCCACAGCUCGGCAAACACCACCUCCUCCCGCCUUUCCAGCUUACCACAGGUGGAGAAGAUGGCGUCCGCCUUUUCUGAGGCAAUGGCCGGCAAAGGGAGCUACAUGGACGUGAGGACUGCAGGAGGGAUGAUUGAGGGCAGAGAGGGAGAGAUGUUGGCCGGGAGUUCAGGCGGGGAGGUAGGUUUGGAUAUGAGAGCCGGGGCGGAAAAUGGAACAGACGUGGCAGAGGAUUCUGACGAUGACGGCCGUGGAUCUGCGUCCGAGAUCUCCACUAUUGCCAAGGAGGUGGACAAGGUGAACCAGAUCAUCAACAACUGCAUUGACGCCCUCAAACUGGACGCCUCCGCUAACGUCGCCACCACGGCCGAUAACAACCCGGUGUCCACCGCCCAGCCUCAGGUAUGCAUGGCGUCACAUCCACGGAAUCUCCUACCCCUAUCACCAGGGGACCAGAUCAUGGCCUCCUCCCCUAAGGUGCACCCAAAGUGUCAUCCUCAGGCUCAAGCCCAGCCUCACCCUCAGCUUCACCAGAAGCCUCUCCCUCCUUCUAUGGCCCCCGUGCCCCUGGUGAUGCCCCUGUCUGAGCGGCCAGGCAUAAGCGGUGGGGGGUUCCUCUCCCCUCCGUACCGUGACCCACCCCCGGCCAACGCAGUGCGACCCCUUCAGAGGCAGUUGAGUGCAGACACUGCUGUGGCAAAGAACCGCUGUGGACCGCCUGCCGGGGGAAUGGCCAAGAGCGCCAGGGUUUUCAGCGUGGAUGUUCCGGAGCAGCGCAGCGAUCCGCCCAAGUACCCAUCCGAAAAAAACAGCCCUGUUGGCUGUGGCAGGAGUGGAGUUGGAGUCGGUAGCGGAAUGGGGAGCGUAAAUGGUGGCGGGGUGAGCAUGAAUGGCGGCGGCAUGCCGUGUAGUAACGGCAGUGGAGGUCGAGGUGUGGCGGCUGGUCAGCAGCAGCAGCCGCAGCCGCCGCAGCACCACCACCUGGAGGUUCAGCCCGAUUACCACGGCUCGGAACACCGCCAUUCCUUUCCGGCUCUUUACUACGAGGGCGGAGGAGAGUCGCCGUCACCGGCCCAAAAGGCAUCUUUCCUGAAGCCGCUGGGGCGCUCCAAGAGGGAUGCCACGGCCGCUUAUUCCCAGCUCUCGCCCUCCCGCCACCACCACUACAACUCGGGAUACUCCUCCAGUCCAGAGUAUUCCUCCGAGAGCACACUGCGGAUCUGGGAGCGAUUCCGCCCUUACAAGAAAAGCCCCCGAGAGGAGGCAUCCUAUAUAGCGGCAGGUCACGCCCUGCGUAAGAAGGUUCAGUUUGCUAAAGACGAGGACCUCCAUGAUAUUUUAGACUACUGGAAGGGCGUUUCCGCCCAACAGAAGCUGUAAGAUGAGUCACUUAGGAAAUGGUUGGAUGCCAACAGCAGACUAUGACGUUUUGGUGUAAAUGUAGCAGGACGCAUUAUCUCUCAGUUUCCCCUGACUGGGGGCUCAUUUCCUGUUGGAAGGAAAAGUUUGAGGUGUGUAUUUUCUUUUUUCUGAUUAGAUUUGAGUAGAACUGAGCUAGACCGCCUCCCGCCGGGCACUUUGGUCUUCGCAAGGCAACCUGCUGAAUCAAAUACUGAUGAGCUAACAAAGGUGAAUUAAAGAGAAAAAAAAAAAAAAACUACCUCAUUACUGGCACAGUGCAGCCGAGCUAUCUCGCCACAAGCAGCCGCCUUCUCCUGGCUUAAGCCUGCACUCUCGCUUCGCUAAUUCCAUCAAACCGCCAUUCACAAAACAAUCAUCGCGCGCCACCACCAGCACCUGCUCCACUACAGAAGCACCAUUUAGGGAGAUAAUGAGGUGGCGGAAUAAGGAAUUAAGCAGGUUUGUUUUAGAAUAGUCCGGCUCUCGUGUGGGGAAAGGACAUGAGGCGAUACUUAUCAGGCUAAUUGUUCCGGCUGGCAAAUAGCCAGCGUAGAAGCAGCUCGGGGAGGCUUUGUGCGGCGUAUCGAUUGGGGAAAAAAAAAAAAAAAACAACGGCAUAUGUUCGGCCGCGUGUGGGCAUGUCAGUGAUGAGGACGCUUGAGUCGUCCAUUACUAUCGACAUCCUCCGUGCUAGCAAAGUGGAUAGCUUAGCAGAACUGCUCUGCAUGCUGAUAACAACCAACCUAUUAAGGUGAGGCAAACUCGGCGGAGACCUGCAGGCGUUGUGUCUGUUGUCGUUCCCUUAUCAAGUAUUAUUUACUGUUUUUUAGAAAAGGAAACAUGUGACUAGCUGGAGCCAUGCGGAUAGGACACGGUUGUCAAGCUAGGCAAAGAAGCAAUCACAUUUAGAACUCCAAUGCUUGAUUCAAUUCAGAUUCAAAUGGAAUUCAAUUAAAUUCGGCUGCACGGUGAUCAAGUGGUUAGCGCACAGACCUCACAGUUAGGACCCGAGUUCAAUCCCACCCUCAGCCAUCUCUGUGUGGAGUUUGCAUGUUCUCCCUGUGCAUGCGUGGGUUUUCCCCGGGUACUCCGGUUUCCUCCCACGUUCCAAAAACAUUCAUUCAUUAAUUCUCUACCGCUUAUCCUCACAAGGGUCGCCGGGGGUCCUGGAGCCUAUCCCAGCUGUCUUUUUUGGGUUUUAGAUUUUUUUUAAGCUAUAGUAAUGGUAAUGGUUUUAUUUCAUUUGAACAUGCAUCAGAUUACAAUUGAAUGCAUCACAUAAUCAGUUCACAGUUCCACAUGUCCAAAAGGAGUAGGAAGAAGCAAAGCUUAUUAAAUCCUACCCCUCCAUCUGGUACUUUUACAAUCAGUAACUGUUACAUUUGUUCACUUCCUGCUUUCCUAAUAUAGUUAAGUUUUUAUUUUUUAUUUUUUUUUAUUUUUUAUUUUAUUUCUGUCACGUACCGAAGUACGAGGUGAUAUGACCGUACAAUGACAUAAUCUGUACCAUAGUAAGUGUCAAUAUAGCGAUAUGUACAGAUGAAGAUGAUGAUUUUUGACCCCGUGCAUGUGUGCUACUCCUAGAUGUAACAUUGCUAACUUGCUAAUUGGGUAAAAUGAUUAAUUUCAUUAAUUAGUCAAUAUGAGUUUUAGUUAUAUUAGUUUAUGUUAAAGGUUAAAUAACUGUUAAUACUGUUAAUUUGAAUCUGAAAAAAAAAUAAUUUCUCUACCCACCAACUAUGUGUUUUUCUUAUUUGCUGUUUUAUUAUUAUUUUAUUUAUUACUGAUUGAUCGAUUUUCUUUAUUUUGAUUUGGUUAUUUAUUUUUUCAUCUUAUUUUGUGCAGUAAAAGUGCAGUAAAAAUUAAGAUAUUAGACAGCAGAAUGUUUUCUUAGAGGCUGCACGGCGGUUGAGUGGUUGGCGCGCAGACCUCACAGCUAUGAGACCAGGGUUCAAUUCCACCCUCGGUCAUCUCUGAGUGGAGUUUGCAUGUUCUCCUCGUGCAUGCGUGGGUUUUCUCCGGGUACUCCGGUUUCCUCCCACAUUCCAAAAACACGCUAGGUUAAUUGGCGACUCCAAAUUGUCCAUAGGUAUGAAUGUGAGUGUGAAUGGUUGUUUGUCUAUAUGUGCCCUGUGAUUGGCUGGCCACCAGUCCAGGGUGUACCAGAAGACAGCUGGGAUAGUCUCCAGCACCUCUUGCGACCCUCAUGAGGAUAAAGAAAAAAACGGACGAUGCAUUUUCCCACCCCAAGUCUAGACUGCAUUUAAAAAAAGAACGAAACAGAGUAAGUCAAGUAGCAGUGCAUCAAAGUAAAAUGGAGCUCAAGUGGAGUGAAGGCCUGAGUGGUUGCUCUACCUCUGACACUGUGUGUGUUUUUUGUGUGUAUGUGUACACACGCACGAGCCUGCUGCGGACCAAAGUGCCCUCGGGAGGUUUGAUUUCAACACUUUUCUGGGGUUGUCACUUUUUCUCGGACACUCGUAUUUUCUCUCUGGUUGGGUUCCGACAUUCACGAGCUAUAAGCACAAUUCAGUUUGAAGUGCUCUUUUAUUUUCCCUUGACUUUGAUGGAAGCCUAAAAAAAAAAAGCUAAGAAUAAAACGUCUGCACUGAAGGGCCAAUGAAUCUGAGACAUUUUGAUGAAAUUUAUUUUGCUGUUUUGCUGUCGACAAAGUUGACAAGUUAAAGAAAACCCUAAAGAAAACCCAUUUUGGAGUUUUUCUGGGGUUUUCUUUUUCACUCCUGAGUAGGUUUAAUACAAAGAACCAGAGCAGAAAGACCAGGUCUUUGCACUGACCCUUAGCUGAAAAUACUUUAAUGGCUCCUUCUUGUUUUGUUUACUCUUUCUACAUUCGGAAAAAGUGACAUCCCUACAAGCUGCUGCUCGGAGAAGACACUAGCUCCAGUCAGAAGGGAAGAGUGUAGCAAUUGCCUUCAAUUCAUUGAGUUUUUUUUCUAUUUUGCGUUGUGUUGUAAUGGCGGUUCGUCCCAGUUAGCUUUCUUGUGCUUUGUUAGUAUUUUUUGUUCUUGUUGCAUGCACACUUUUGACAACACAAGAGGCCCAAAAACGCUGUCAAAUUCUUGACUGUAUGAAUGUUCUGCAUAAUCAAGGUUGGCCGGGGACGGGGACGGCGGGGGUGGUCCUCACUGCUGCUGUCUCUAUGGGAACCCCUGACACCCCUCUUACCACACCCACCCCCAUCCGCUCCCCACAACCUGCUUGGACGUAGUCAAUACCACAGCAACCAAAGUCACACUAACCUUCCAGCCAAUGUGCUCGCUCGUUUGUCACGCCGUGACAUGCAAUAUGUAACGCCGCCAUCUAAUCUGACCCGUGAGGCACGCACCCUCCUCCAAGGCCGAUAGCUCACUCCCACGGCCCGCCGGGGACUUGUAAAUUCCCUUGCAUUUAAUGUAUAUUAUCGCCGCAAAUUUAUGGAUACGUCAAAACUACCUUAUCUGCCAUGUUAACCAGUACAUUUUCCCCGUCAGCCGACACCCACCACACAGUGUACCUCUUAAAACAUCAUCAUGCCAAACAGUCAUAAGGGAUUAGCUGAUGGAAGCUACUUUUUUUUCUGUUCAAAUUAAUUGGUGAGUGAUAUUGUAUCAGGUUAGACAAGAUGUGCCUGGAAGAUAAACUCUAUACCCGAUUGAAAUUAAUGAUGGCUAUUCUCAGCCUCCCAUGAGCCCCUCCAACGCCCUCGUACUUUACCAGUAUGAGGAGACACAGGCUCCGUCAAGCUCAUCAAUGGCAAAACCUGAGAGACAUAGUCAUAGUCAACCAUAGUCAACCAUGGACUCAGACUCAGAUUCUCUUAUGUUUUUAAUCUGCAGUUUAUUUUCCCAUCAGCGAGGAUAAUCACGUCCCACAUGUUCAUUUAAAGAGUUUCUUAUAUUUGUGUACUUAUUUUUGCACUUGCAUAAUUGAGCAAUUCGGCCGGCACGGCGGUCGAGUGGUUAGCGCGCAGACCUCACAGCUAGGAGGACUAGGGUUCGAUUCCACCCUCGGCCAUCUCUGUGUGGAGUUUGCAUGUUCUCCCCGUGCAUGCGUGGGUUUUCUCCGGGUACUCCGGUUUCCUCCCACAUUCCAAAAACAUGCUAGGUUAAUUAGUGACUCCAAAUUGUCCAUAGGUAUGAAUGCGAGUGUGAAUGGUUGUUUGUCUAUAUGUGCCCUGUGAUUGGCAGUCCGGGGUGUACCCCGCCUCUCGCCCGAAGACAGCUGGGAUAGGCUCCAGCAGCCCCCGCUACCCUCGUGAGGAAAAAGCGGUAGAAAAUGAAUGAAUGAAUGAAUUGAGCAAUUUGACCCUGGACCAGAUUAUUUUUAGUGAGAUUGGUUCCAUAUCCGAGCAAAUCAAAGCGUGGCGGACAUGUAUUAAUAGUCCCAGUGAGCUUCACUAAUUCUUUAAUCAGACAAUAGUUACACGAUACCAACAGAAACAAGCCCAUAUUUGUCUAUCUAAUACAUAUUUACGUAUGUUGAGUAUUGUUGGGACAUACGACAAUGCCAUGUCAAAGGCAUGUCAUUACCAUGCUAUGGAUCAAUUUCAAGUGGGACGGGUCCACAGAAGAACAAUGGCGCUCUGACCCAUAAACCCCCCCAGAGGCGAUCUGUCGGACAACCUCAAAGCUGGAAGCUUCUGCUGUGGCCUUUUGCUCUGCCAAGCUUAAAGGAAACACAAAUCAAUUAGUUUUAGAUUAGUACCACGGGCCAUGCAUAGAUGGGGCCUUCUAAAAAUAAUAGCUUCAUUAGGGAGAAUGGGAGGGUGGGGGUGGGGGGGUUACUUACCUGUGUAUACCCUGAAGGUCUUCCUUUCAAUGUAACGUUAGCUCUGUUGUUCCCAAGCACACCGAGGACCAUUAUUCAUGGGACUCAUAACAGCCCCAGUGUUUUUAUCUGAGCCCUCUUUAUUUAAAAGCACCGCACUUUAUAUUUAAUUGACUCUCUCUAUAACGUUUUAUCGUGCUCCGACACAAAUUAUCGCUCUUUUAGUGGUAAUGUUGGCCCCCGCUACGGUCUGCUAAGUUGUACUUUUAGACAAAACCUCUCACAGACAAUCUAUGGAAGUCUGUUUAGGUCAAAAGGAAUCACGACCGCCAUCUCCUCUGAAGGGGUGAUAGUUUAUUAUCUUCAACUUACAGCAGGGGUCUCAAACUCAAUUUACUUGGGGGCCACUGGAGCUAGGGUCUGGGUGAGACUGGGCCACAUCAGGUUUUCCAAAAAAAAAAAAAAAAACGCAUUUAUUAAAAACAGAAAAUUAUACAAACUUUUUCAGUGCUUUGGUUCCGAUUUU